AUCUCCUCGUGCUGUUAUCUCCUCGUGCUGUUAUCUCCACUCUCGCUCUCCUUUCUUCAUCUGCCUGUGCCCCUCUCCCUUCCUGCCCUCCCAUCCGUUCCCUGAGAGUUAGAUGCUCAGAAGAUACUUCUGGUAUAAGCACCUAUGCUGCCGUCUCACCACCCGUUGCUCCCUCUUUGGUCACUGUCUGCAACUACUUCAACCAAUCUCCCCCCUUCGAUCCCAUUCCAGGUCCAGGUUCCCCUCUCGGCCCUCCACCCCCUCCUCUCGCUUGCACACGAGUCAGGGGCACAAGAACUGGUGCAGUCGUGCCAAGCAGCACUUGAGGCGCAUAGCUCGGAUUCUGAGGCGCGUAAAACUCAACCAACUCAACCAGAUGCAUCUGGCACAGCCCCUGGCAGAUACGCUGCAUCUGGACCGAGUGCUCUGGGAUCCUCUGUUAUAGGACCCUCCGCGCCGGGUGUCUAUAGGGCUGUAUCCCAGGGGGGCGACUCUGCUCUUAGUGCUACUGUUGCCGAGAGGCUCAAGUCAAUCAAGUCAACCGACUCAGCCAGGUCAACGAGGUGUUCAAAGUCAACGCUGGUCAACGGGCUCGUGUGCCUCUGUUAUCCAGUAGCCAGGAGCCAAGAGGAGGGAGAGAGUGGCUUGAGGCAAGCCCAGGCGCGGCUUAGGAGUGGGGAUCAAUCUGCGCUGCUCUCCUCACAGGACCAAUGCUGGCAAGGGAUGCUUGGGAAGGAGGAGAGCUGGGGUUUGAGGGAAGGGGAUGGUGAAAGCUCAGGUGCAUGCUCAGGUAGGUUUUCAGGUGGUAACACAGAAGCAGGUGCAUCUGCAGGUGGAAGCACAAACACAGCCACAGCCACUGUUGCAACUGCAACUGCAAGUUCGAUCUCGGACAAGGGAGCAGCAGGCGUCCCACUCCAUGUCCUCUCGUCCGAGCGCCGCCUUUUUAGACACCUCCGUUGUGAUUGCUGCGGUGGUGGCAGCAGGUCGUCAGAGACUUCAGAGCCUUCAUUGGCUUCCACGGCUUCCAUGUUAACUCUAAGAGCCUCACCUGCCAGCAGCACUGCCAGCCACACUGCCAGCCACGCUGCCAGCUACAGCGGCAGCUACAGUGACGUGAGCGUGCAGGCGGCCCAGCACGGCAGCACGGUGUUUCGAGCGCACCGAGUGGUGCUCUGCGCCUGGAGCACUGCUUUCCACAAGAUGCUGACAAGUGGCAUGCGGGAGGCCACAUCACAUGAGAUUGUGAUCGGAGGUGCUUCUAACGAAGCCGUCGGCGCACUCCUGCACUUCUUCUAUACCGGAGAGCUUCCUACCCGCUCAUCACACUCACACCCGUUACAGUCACGCAUGGUGCACCCGUUACAAUCACGGUCAAUGUCUGCUGCAGCGUCCAAGAGCACUGAAAGCGUGCUUCUGUCUCUGCUGUGCCUGGCGGACCGCUUCUGCAUCCCGGCCCUGCAUCACGCUGUGAACCAACGGCUGCUCGCAUGUAUUGAUGAGGCUUCAGCAUUCGCCACCCUGCGGGUUGCUGCCUCUAUCCCAGGGGACACUUGCGCCCACCUGACAGCUGUCGCCGCCUCAUUGGCUGCUGCUCAGUUCGAGCGGUGUGUGGCUGCUGACAGGGAGGGGUUGAGGCUGCUGCCGGCUGCUGCUCUAACAGCUGUGCUGCAGAGCCCCUUCUUCUGGACGACCAACGAGGAGAGAGUGCUGGAUGCCGUGCUGACGUGGGCCAUGCAGCGAGCUGACGUCAGCACAUGGAAGGAGGCGGAGCGGGCUUUGGGGGAGGUGAUGGUGAGAGAGGAGAGGGAAGAAGGGGAGGAGGAGGGAGGGAAGGAGAGAAAGCCAGAGGAGGAGGAGGUGGGGAAGGAGGAGGGGAAGGAGGAGGCGGAGCGGGCUUUGGGGGAGAUGACGAUGAGAGAGGAGCGGGAGGAGAGGGAAGAAGGGGAGGGAUGGGAGGAGUGCAGAGGGGAAGAGAGGAGGGAGGAAAGGAGUACAGAUAGGGGGGAAGAGGAUAUUGCAAGGCACGCCCCUUGUACUAGUGGGUGCCACGAGGACUGUAGCACUGAUGAGGCGCUUUUGCAUUCUGAGCUGCUCAGUCGGCUACAGCUGGAGGGAGCCGAGCCUAUGCUACAGCCGCUAAGGGGGGAAGCAUUAUUGGAGGAAGAGGAGGACGAAGAGGAAGAGGAGGAAGAGGAGGACGAAGUUUCUGGGUUGCUGCAGCACGUGCAGUUCAUGUCCCUCCCAGACACCAUCCUAUUCAGGCUCAGAGACAGCCUGCUUGCCACGUGGCUUCCCACCAUUCGCCGAUCCGCCAUCAAGGAAAUUGUCCGCCGCAACCUGCACAGCCAAGCAGCCACAAGACCUCAAGCCUACCCUCCUACCCCACAAGGUCACUCCAGCCCCUUCUCUGGCUCACCACUCUCCACCGCACGGGACCACUGCUAUCCACCUUUUCCAUCGGAGACAAGUCAUGGGUUUUCUCCCCCACCACACAGCCAGGGUUUAAUUCUCCCCGUCCACAGCUCCCACCAGCCAUCCGAUUCCAUCCAGUUAGAUCUUGGCCGUCGGAUCGUCCGGUUCACCUCCCCUGACCUCCCGCCCCGAGCCUGGCCGUCAGGCUCGGUGGGUGCUGUGCCGCGGGCCUGGUCCCUUGAAAGCAGUGGACGGGAGAGAGGGGGCCGGCAUGAUAAGGACCGUUCGAAGGAAUGGGGGCGUAUUGAGAAGGGAGCAGAGGGAUGGGCGCGGGAGGGGACGAGAGUGAAGGGAGGGGGGCGAGAUGAAGGGAGGGAGAAGCGGGAAGCGCAGAUGGGAUUGACGGGAGGGGCUCGUGCGUGUGCUUGUCAGGCUCAAGCGGAUCUUGAAACGUUUGAGGAUAGGAUGCACGUGUGUGCAGAUGAUAGGGAUGCCAGUUGCACGGCGAGAGGGAGGGAGGCUCAACCGCACACACGUGCAGCAGGACAAGAGGCCGAGGCUCGAGAAUCAGCAACCAGGGAAGGUCCUGACAAGGGAGGUAUUGGUCAAUACGGCGCGUCUACACAGGUUACUGCGCUUGCAGGAGGGGGUUUUGUGCCGGCGCUGGGGCACGGGCGAGGAGAGAGACGUGAAGCUGGAUUGCGUGGAGUGGAGGAAGGAGGGGUGGGGCAGAGAGGGGGAAGGGCGGCGUCUUAUGGCGGAGGUGGUUGUGCGCGGUUGAGGGAGGGGGAUAGAGAGCGAGUGAUUUUUGAGUCGACUCAAAAAUCGUCUAAUGGCGGAGGUGGUUGUGCGCGGUUGAGGGAGGGGGAUACAGAGCGAGUGGGAGAGGGAAGGCGGACGGAAGGGGGGGAGGGAUGGGGAAGGGCAGCAGGGGAAGGGAACGGCGUGGAGGGAGGGGAGGAGCGGGUACUGAAGAGAAGAGGGGAAGGAGAAUCGGGGGAAGUGCAAAGGCCGAAGGGGAGGGAGGCAACAGAGAGUGGAUGGAAGGGGAUGGGGAGCACAGGGAGAAGAUUUCUGGAGGCAGAAGUAUUGGAGGCAUGCGGACGCAUGGAGGCAAGUGGGAGUGGGCGAAGGCGAGUGGAGGGUGCCACAGUGGACGAAUCAAUGCGACCGUCUGGUCAGCUUUCGGUUCGCGUGACUCAGGCGCCGCCCGACCAGGUUUCUGGGUUUAGGAUUUCUGCGACUGCAGAUGACAGUAUGGGAGGGGGUGGAGCAGAAGAUAGAGAAGCAGCUGCAGGCGGGAGCGAGGAGAGGGGGGAGCGGGGCGGUAUGGGAGUGGGUGCGAGGCGGACAAACCACGACAGAGCAGCAGCAGCUGCUGCAAGGGGGGAGGAGGAGGGGGAGAAGCGGGUCAAUAAGAAGGGGAGCACGAGAGAGCGGCAGCAGCUGCUGCAUUUGUUGCUGCAGCAAGGAAAAGAGCAGCGGAUUCUCCUGCUCCCUUGAUGAAAGGGUCGCCGCCCUUGCUGCUGGCGCCAGGUUUAACCAACCCCCGCGUCCUUCAGUACAUGCACGACGGGGAUAAGAACGGCGUGUGUUACCAUGCCGGGACGUCCUACGGGCGGCACCCUUGGAUGAAUCCGGUGCUGCUGGGGACCCUCUCAGUGGCAGCCAGCAGCCCUCCCUCUCGCUACACCGAUAGCAAGCUCAUUGUGUCAGGGGAUUAUGUGAGCUCGUCCUUUGCUGGGCCUCGUGUGGAGGGCGGUCGCAUGACUGCAUGGUGGCGGAUCGACCUGGGGGAGAAGCACAAGCUCCUCUGCAACUUCUACACAGUCCGGCAGGACGGCAGCCCCAACUACAUGCGCUCCUGGUGCCUUGAGGCUUCCAACAACGGAUCUGAUUGGACAAACCUCCGGCUCCACUCAGAUGACACCUCCCUGUGCCGCCCGGGGCAGUAUGCGUCCUGGCCAGUCGACACCUGUGCCAGACCAACUGCUAAACCGUGCAAUGUGAUUGGUCCGGCUAGAUUCUUCCGGAUUCGCCUUGUGGGCCCCACAAGUGCAAAGCAGAACGCUUGGAACCUGUGCCUGUGUGGCAUCGAGCUGUAUGGAUUCUUCUUCUGAUGUCACAUGGAAUGUGUACAGUACGUACUCUCUCGAGUACAGUACAGUGCUAAUGCUGGUUCUUUCAAAGCUACUCAAGGUCAUUCGCACACGCC